AACGACGACGACGACGACGACGACGGUGGUGGCAGCGAGGACGUCGGCCGAGGACGAAGGCGAGAGGACGGUACCGGGACUCGAGGACGUUUCCGGUCACCCGCGCCAUCGGCUGCCAUCGGCGACGCAGAGCGACGCGGAGCGUCCGCACGGUAGCAUGACAGUCGGGUCUUCCAGUGCAAGUGCAUCGACACAGUUGGUACUGCACCGCCGCGGCUGAUUGUUGUUACUGUUGUUGGUUGUUACUGUUCUUGUUGUUGCUGCUGUUGUUGUUCGUGCGCCGCUGCAGCGCGGCUGCUAGCUCGAUCGGCAGUCACGAGUGUCGUGACUAUAGCGCCGUUCCACCCCGUGGACAAUGAUGCAAGAGCACAAGUCCUUUCUCAUCAGGGACCUCCUGGGGGACGUGUUGGCCGACCGGGUGCAAGAAGACUCGGAAGACGACUCGGCCGUACACUCGGAUUCCGAGGACACCAUUGAUCCUGGCAGUAGUCCUUGCACGCGUCUAGGAAGCCCCCCCCCGGCGCUUUCGCCGUCGCCCAGUCCUGCGACCACGUCCGGAAAGUCCUGCGGUGUGAGCAGCAGCGCACCGCCAACCGGCAGAAAACCGCGAAGACGACGUACCGCCUUCACUCAUGCCCAACUGGCUUACCUCGAGAGGAAAUUUCGUUGCCAGAAAUAUCUGAGCGUGGCAGAUCGCAGCGACGUCGCCGACGCUUUGUCGCUCUCGGAGACCCAGGUGAAGACUUGGUACCAAAACAGAAGGACGAAAUGGAAACGGCAGAACCAACUGCGACUGGAACAGCUGCGCCAUCAGGCCACCGUCGAGAAGGAGCUCCUGGUGCACGGUCUUCACCACGGCAGUAUAGAUGCUUAUUGUUCGCCCUACAACGCACAAACGCAGACCAGUCAUCCUCCGCCGCCGCCGCCGCCGCCAGCACCAUCCACCGCCUCGACGGCGGCGUUUCUCUCCACGGCGGCCGCGCUCUUCCGAAAUGUCACCUAUGUACACGGCUGCCAGCUUUAACCCGCAGGAUCUCGAGGAUCUCGAGACGACUUCUGGAACAGCGCAACGGAAGAGAGACUCGGACGGACCAUUCGUGUCGUGAGUGUCAGUAUACCUUGAAGUGUCGCCGCGGAGUUAUGUAUUUCCGGUCAUUUCGGAACCCGCAAAAUCUCAUUAGUGAAUUAGUUUGAGGGAUUUUUCUCUUCGCGAUCGACAGAAUUGUUUUGUGUAAUGAGUGUCGCGUAAUGAGUAACACGGAAAGAAUGUUACAGCCCUUCUCCCUUCCCGAGGUUCUUUUCAAAAUACUUUAUCGUGUUUUCUGAUAGCGUGGGAAUAAUUAUCGCAGGAUAAUAAAUUAACCCCUCGCGUCUCUCCCAGAUCUUGCUUUGCUUUCGCGGAUCAAAUGUGCACGCUGGUGGUGGCUCAAAUCUGAUUUUAUUCUAUUGUUUCAUAGUAACGGGGAAAAUCUCUAAAAAAUUCUGCGGGAUUGUGCAAAGUUCUGCGAAGUGCAUUUAAUAGUUUGGCAAACUUGCUUUUUAAAUAUCCUUUCAAACGCCAGAUUUUUCCCGAAUUCUUUUCCUGCAUCCAUAUGGCGCUUCUAACCCGUCCAUCGUCGCAAUAUGCAAGAAGGAAAGUCGCGAUACUUUUAUCUCGAUAAAUUUCAGAACGUAUUCAAUAUUCAAUAGGAAAAUUAUCUUUCAAAAAUUAUAUUCAAAAAUAUUAUUAGGAAGCUACUUUUUCUAUCGGAUGCUGAAUGCAAUUUGAAAUUCAUCCAAUUGCAAUGUGCACUUUCGUUCUUUCUAAAUGUAGACUUGAGUAGAUGUGCAUAUGUUCUACAAACCCGCCAGGUAAAUAUCAACGCAAGGGGUUAAAGCGGAUUAUCACACGGAAGAAAACAAUUUUAUUAGUGUAACAAAAUUUCCCGUUGCCUGGAAGGAACAAGGACCAAAUGAAAAUCUCGGUUGUAGGGACAGAAAGAUUUUCUUACGACGAGUCUUUGAUCAGCUCGAAGGAUGUCGAUCAUUUCGAUUGAAUUUCAAUACAACUGAAUGUUCGGACGAGUUUUUUUGCUCGUGACAAUAGAGAUAUUUCAUCUUUCUCGUCACCGAACUCUCUCUCUCUCGUCUGGUCCCUGUUCAGUUACACGAACUGAGAUCUCUCCUGUGCACUGAAAGUUAUCUUGCUAAGGAUUUGUAUAUUUUUCAACAAUAUACACUUUGAUUCCCGAAAUAUAAAUAACACGUACGAAAUGGAGAGAUAAUAAAUUAAAGCGGAAUGCCGACACAUGUUUCUCGGUUUGCUGGAUUCCGCGGUAAUUUCUGUCCAAUUUUUUCUCUCCGCGUAACGAACAACGCGCAAGAACUGUCCCUGUGUGCACACUGGACUUUCCGUUCCCGUUACUCAAGUGGUUGUAUCUUAGAAACGCGCGUUACGUUUAAAAUUUGUGUAUUGCUCGUACAUUUGAAAGUGAUCCGGGACGAUUGAAAUUAUAACCGAUACCACAUCGAUCAUACUUCCACGCGUCGUUGAAUUCCACGAUGCCGAAGACGCUGUAGACAUUUUCUCCUGCGCACUGUGCUCGGAAAGUUCUAAGUCGAAGAUCGUUUCUCUCAACGUUUUCUCUUGGUAUGUGAGGCAUUAAUCGAGAGAGGAGAUUCGAUAAACAUGUAAAUAUGUAAUUACGAAGCCAAGUCGGUCGGUCGUGGCCGAUUGUCUUUCGAGAGCUGAACGACGAAAGCUUUGUGGAAACUCGCAUCUUUAAUUUACAGGCGAUUGCACCACCUACAAUCCACGUCAUCGCAAUGUACAGGAAUAAAGAUUGCAAUUAAGGCUCCCGUGUAUUCGAAUGUUUAUCUAUUUGGAUAUACGAAGUCGAUUCCGAUUCGAAAACGCAUAAAAUUGUAUUAUUUGGAUAAUUCGGAUCCGUAAUCGAAUUUGGACCCGAAUUUGGAUUCAAAAUAAAUAAAUAGAAA